GAAAAAUGUUGGAAAUAAACCUGGAAGGCUGGAAGAGUUCCAUCGAAACACCCUCCGCAGUUGGCAGCGAAGUAGACCCCCAUCGCCUUACGAUCGUCGAGAAGGAAAGAUCAAAGGGGAGAAUUCGAAUAGGGAUUCGACUGAUUCAGUUUCAGGGCGUCGAGAACGGUGAGAUAUGUAUAAUAAUCUUGGAAAUCAGGCUGGGGUACAGGGCCCCGCAGUUAAUCCUCAGCCCAAUCCUUUUGGCAAUGCAUUCUAUGGAGCUGGAUCAGGACUUAUUCGAGGUGGUCUUGGGGCAUAUGGAGAGAAGUUCUUGGGCUCAAGUUCCGAAUUCAUGCAAAGCAAUAUUAGCAGGUAUUUCUCCAACCCACAGUAUUAUUUUCAAGUGAAUGACCAAUACGUGAGGAACAAGCUGAAGGUCAUCUUGUUUCCAUUCCUGCACAGGGGCCACUGGACUAGGAUAACGGAGCCGGUCGGAGGCAGGCUUUCUUACAAACCACCAAUCUAUGACAUCAAUGCCCCAGAUCUAUACAUCCCUUUUAUGUCAUUUGGUACUUAUAUUAUUCUAGCUGGCUUCGCAUUUGGUCUUCUAGGAAAAUUUAGCCCAGAAGCUUUGAGCAUACAGUUCACAAGGGGACUUGCUGGUUGGUUUAUGCAGGUUUUGCUACUGAAGGGCUUGUUAUAUUCGCUAGGAAGUAGUGAAGCACCAUUGCUCGAUGUGGUAGCAUAUGGUGGGUAUGCUUUCACGGGCUUGUCCCUGAAUAUGCUGGCUAGGCUCUGCUGGAGCUACUCGUAUUAUUUUCUUAUGCCGUGGAUGAGUCUUUGCAUGGGGGUCUUCUUGGUGAAGACCAUGAAGAGGGUACUUUUCACAGAGAUGAGAAGUUAUGAGAAGCAUUCGAGCCGGCAGCACUACAUUUUGCUGUUCAUGGCGAUUGCUCAGUUCCCGCUCUUCUUCUGGCUUGGCAAAAUCAGUGCAGCGUGAGGAGGUGGUUCAAUAGCUAUUGCUUGCCCCCCAAUAAAGUGGAAUGCCCUUAAGAUGGAAUGCAGAUGCCUGGAGCUCAACAAUUUUCGAAGAAUGAUUGUUAGGUACUGGUUGAUUUCUUGAGAAGCCUUUUUGAGAAUGAUGAAUUUGCUAUUUGGUAGAUACUAACUUUAACCGGGACAUGUAGUGACGAUGACUAAGACUUUUAUUUGUUUAGUGCUGUCUGAGAAAUAAAAUACUACAAAACCUACUGACGUAUAUUUUCACA